AUGACAUUUGACAACACUCAUUUGAUCAAUUCACAAAAUGGUGAAUUAAUUUUACAUCAUGUUCCACCUCAAGACAUUCAACUUCCCUACCCUCCCCCAUUUAUUACCGUCUCAGAUUUUAUUAAUAAAAGGGAAUCUUCUGCAAGAAUUUUUCGAAAGAGUCCGAACGCAUUUUUCAUAUAUCGUAAAGCUUUCACAAACUACCUUACUCUCCUCGAUUACAAACUAACGAUGAUCGAUGUGUCCAAGUUGGUCAGCUAUCGCUGGAAGAAUGAAAGCGAAGAAGUGAAGAAGGCAUACAUGAAAAUCGCAAAAGAAAUCGAUGAAGAGCUAAAGGAAAAAAGAAAGCAUGAUAAAGUAUGCCCGGUCGUCUGGAAAGUUGAUAAAAAGUCCAAAAAACAGAAGCGGAACUCUAAAAAAUGUUCAAAGAACAACUCUACGAGUGACUCUUUAACCGAUCUCAAAGGUGCCGCCGCAGAUACAACAGAGAUUACGUACGAAUUCCAAAAUUGCUCUAUUUCCGAAAAUCAAAAAACUUCACGAUCACUUGACAAAGUGAACGUGCAAUCCAGCUUUGAAAAUUCCCUGAAUCCAGUCUCUUAUCCGUUAGUAGAAUUUUCUGGAAUGAUUUCAGGAGGUGAUUUUAGAAGUUUUGACCACUCUUGCGGAUCUCCAUCCAAUGAUUCAGAAGAGGAAUACGCUUAUCAUUUAAACGCUUGCGAUCAAAAUUUGUAUCCGGUUUAUUGUACCCGAAUGUAUCCGAUCGAAAAUCAAAUUAAUCCUCAAGUCUUGGAAUACGAUAAUUUUGUGAAUUACGAUCUUCAUAACAACUUCCUUCCUCAACAUAAUUGGAAUCUUAACAAUUUAAGCGUUAUUGAUUUAUGUCCACUACAAGAAUAUAGUGAAUAUCAUCAUUAA